AUGGGCAAUAUCUCCCCGUAUCGCAUGGUGGACUAUUUUCUAGGACUUGGCAAGGAUGUCCUCAUCACUAAAGAAAGGCAACUGGCUGCCUCCAUGGUGGCAUGGCCACUAUUAAGUGCCUUAAAUCAUGUGGAUAUAAGAAAUAAUACUUUAGAAACUGAAAGUCAGCUUUUGAAAGACCACAUUGAAAAACUGGAGCACGAACUUGGCGUUUUAACAGGGAAGAAGCCAAUUCUACGUCUUCCCGUAGGCCAAAUUCGUAACAUUUCAAUAAAUGAUGACCAGACUCCUGAAUCAACAGACUUUAUUGAUCAGGCAAACAAGAAAUCCAAAUCAGACCUUGAAUAUCCAAUUCUGACCAAUCCACUAGAAGUCUGUCCUGUUGUAACCCAGAAAACAAAAAAAGUACAGGGCAGACUGGCAGGGGUGCCGCCUGAUCAGUGGCCCCCUGCCCAGACUCAUUUACACGUAACGGCCCGGCCAUGCACGGCAACAGAAUUGAUGGACUUAGUACAGCGAUUUCGGCAGAAGCCUAGAGAAAGCAUGUGGUCCUCCACGGAGGACCUUCAAAACUAUAUCCGCGAACUGGGUGUAAGAGAGGCUACUUAUGAAGACACAUUUGAUGGCCCUGAUAUGAGCCUCAGUAUCUUCCUGGAGGCCUUAGCAGGAGUUCAAUCUGUCAUCCCCAAGGACAAGUUUCUGGCCAUCACCAGUGCCGUGUUCUACCAGCUCCUGUGGCCAAGGCUGCUGCUGUACGUGGUGCCAGCCCAGUACACCGGCAUGCUGAUCCCGGUCUCCCGCUGCGUCCAAGCCCUGGCCAAGAGAGGGGAGCUGACGGUGCGGGACAUGGAAGAUCUGGAUCCCCAUUUCCUCAGCUCCAUGUUUCAAGGCCCACUGCUGACUCCCCAGAUACUGCUGGCAUGUCUGCUGGUGGUGGCAGGGUGCCCUUUUGCAGGCAGCAAACUCCAAGCCGCUGCCUUGCUUCUCAUGCAAAACCUCCACAGCAAGAUCCACAGAGCUGUGGGGGCCAAGUGGGCUGCUGAGAUCCCCCUGCUGCUGCAGUGCCUAGAAGGGAAAGAUGAGAGCUUCCAGGACUGUGCACAGUGGGAGAAUUGUCUGCAGUUCCUGAGGGCAUCACUGAACACCAUGGCCUGGACCAAGGCCCUGAGCUGCGAGCUGAGCCGGCAGCUGAGCAGCUUUGCCAGCAGCUCUGGAGAAAAGACCUUCCUGUACAAGGCUCUGGGGACCGUUCUGGGAGCUUGUAAGGAAGUCCUCCAUGUGCAAGAGAAGCUGCUGCAGCACCUGGAGGGGGCAAAUGCAGAGGAGCCAUCUGAGGCCCAGGGAAUGAUCUCUCUUGUCAGCCAUGCUGCUGACAGCAACUUCCACACAGUCCUGGACACACUCACCAUGUUUGCGUCCAGGCUGUGCAAAGGCCGCAAUGGGAGGAUUUCCAGGCGCAAGAAGAUGGAGCUGGACAGCGCGAGAGCUCAGGCUACACGCGGCACUCUCAUCCUCGCCCAUGGCAGCUUGGCACUGCGAGCCUCCAAGGAGCAGCUGCUCGCCCGCCUGGAAGGAGACAUUGUGGGCAACAUCCUGCUGCUGUACAGCUGCAGCUGCCAGGACUUGCAGAACAAGCUUGCGCUGGUGCAGAGCAUCACUGACUUCAGCUCUGCCGUCCAUGCUGUGGGUGGCUCCAUCUGCUUUGACACCUCCUUGAAGAGCAAGCUGCUGGAGAUCCUGAUGAAGUAUUACUUGGGCACCUGUGUAUCCCCAGUGCCCCUCAAGGUGGUUCUGGCCCUGGAGCAGCUGAGCAAACUGAAGCCCUCUUUAGAAAGCAAGGACAUGAGUGAAAUGCUGACUCUGUGCUGCAGGAAUAUUGUGACGCACCCUUCAGUGAGGAUGAUGCUUAAGAUCAAGAAGUCACAGCAAGCAGCACAGUACCUGCAGCUUCAGCAAACAUCGUUGAAAGCUCUGGGCUGGCUCAUGGUGGUCCUGCUUGAGACAGAGACCACCCGGGGAUUCUUCCAGAACAUAGUCCAGGUCCUGCAGAAAUCACUGACAUCAGACAACAUGGAGUGGGAGCGCAAUAGAGCCCUGCAGACCUGCUCCCAGCUGCUGGCUGCUUGUGAAUAGCUUUGAGGGGGAGAUGCCUGCAAGCACUUUGUUUCCAUGCUGGGAUUGCUGGCACCUCUGAUGUGUGACCACAUGCCCACAUCCUGCCAGUUGGCUGCCACCUGCCUGAGCUCCCUUCUCCGAAUGCAAGCCAGGGCAGCUAACAGAGUCAUCAAAAUGGGAGACAUCAGUAGCCUGUGUGAGGGGCUGAAUGACUGCAGCACCGACUCUCAGCUCCGGACCUUGUCCAAAAUUGCAAGGAUGGUGUGCAGAAACUUCCCCCUGGAACGCACCGUUGACUUCCUGAUGGCCAUCAAGGAGACCUUGCGGAAAGGCAAAGGAAUGCGCGUGCGUGCAGCUGGGAAGUGGAUGAUCACCUUUCUGCAGAUGUACGGGAAGGAUAUCUGUCGGGACGCAACAGUGAUCAUCUACAUCCUGCGCAGCUGCAUGUCAUCCAUGAAGCAGAGCACGUUCAUGCCCUUCCUGUGCCAGGCAGUGGUCAUCCUCACCCGCUGUCACGCAGAGGUCACAAUUGACAACUUCUUCCAGCUGCUGGAGCCGACAGACAGCGAGAUGUGGAGGAGAAUAAGAGAGUUUUACCUUUGCGAGUGGAGACGGGAGAAGAAUGAAAAGAAAAGCUGA